AUGGAAACUGUGAAAGCUCUGGGAAGGGUUCGAGUGAGAGACACAAGAGAAGGACCCACUGCCCAGUCUAUGAUGGUAUUGUGUGAGUGCCGACAAGCCACUGACUCCACCCGUAUUCCCCCUGAAGUGACAAGGGGAGAAAAGAGUGAGCCCUGGUCAGUUAUCGUGAUCCAACCAAGAGAAAGUGCCUCUAAUACAGAUGCUGAAGGAUUCACUGAAAAGCUGACAAAGUUCCUGAUGGAGGAAGGGAAAACUUUUGGUGAUGUAAAAGCUUUAAUUACACCCCACAGUGCUGGUGAUAGUUCUCCUGAAUCAAUUAUACGUGCAAUGGGUGAAGUACUGGAAAGGACCGUAAAGCCAACAAGAGAUGGAAAUGCAUACCGACGACUUCGCACAUUUUCAGCUAUUGUUCCGACCCCAGUUGGAGAGGAAAACAUGGAUAAUUGGAUUGAUCAAGCAAGGCUCAUGAUAACUGAGUGUGACUGUACUGAAAAAGAAAAACGAUGCAGAAUCAUGGAAAGCCUUAAAGGACCAGCAAUGGAAAUAGUGAGAGCUGUUCGUUUCUCAAAUCCAGAAGCAGGUGCUUUAGAGUAUGUGGAAGCAUUAGAGAGUUCCUUUGGAUCUUCAGAGUCUGGUGAAUAUUUGUAUUUUAAGUUUCGACUUAUGCGUCAAAAUGCAGGGGAGGCAUUAUCAGAGUUUCUGAGGAGGAUUGACAAGGCUCUUAAAAAAGUGGUUGAAAGAGACGGCCUGUCUUUCAGAAUGGUCGAUAAAGUGCGAGUAGAACAACUCAUUCGAGGGGCAGUGAAUUCUGACCUUAUGUUGCUACAGUUGAGGCUUCGAGAACGUACAGUAUGCCCACCUUCUUUCCUGAGUCUGCUGAAGGAGAUACGUGAGGCAGAAGAGAGUGAAGCAUCUCGCCACAGAAUGUCAGCUAAAGCCAAAUCUAUACAGUAUUGUGAUGAAACCACAAGCACAUCUGUCAUUCAAGAACUCAAGGGUGAGAUUCAAGAGCUGCGUGCACACUUACAUGGUGUGAUGCACAAAACUGUUUCUACUUCUUCUUUGGUGGUUACACCCAGAGAGAAAUCUAACCUGAUGGAAAAAACAGAAGAUGUAGAAGAGUUAAAGAAACAAGUUCAGUACUUACAACAACAGCUGGCAGUUAUGAGUGUCAGUCCUUCUCAGGGCUCACUAGAUGUUACAGAACAACGACCGAAACCAUCACAGUCCACUUCAUCAUCAUUCAGCCGCAAGUCAGCCAGAACAAAAGAUGAUUAUUUCUGUUACAAAUGUGGACAAGAUGGUCAUAUUGCGACAAAAUGUCAAGCCCCACAAAAUUCAGACCAAGUAAUCCAGAAGCUAAUUCGUUCUUUGCGUCAAGCUAAGAGUUUGAAGUCCGAGGCUAAUGAAAGCAGAAAAACCCAGAACCAAGUUUGUUUCUCCAAAAAGAGUCAGACCGACAUAUACAAAGCCAGCAGUAUCCCACAAGGCCUAGUUGGACCAGCAUCAACAGUAGAAGUGACAAUUAAUGGACAUUUAUGUCAAGCACUGUUAGACAGUGGCUCGCAGGUGACAAUUGUGUUUGAGAGUUGGUACUCUAAGAAUUUAGAUUAUGUACCGAUUCACCCCUUGACUGGAUUAUCCAUAUGGGGCCUCAGUUCAUCCAGUUACCCUUAUAAAGGAUACAUAGUAGUGGAUGUCACUUUCCCUUUUUCAGUCAGUGGAGUGAAGGAGCCGCUGUCCAUCCUGGCUCUCGUAUGUCCUGAACCUCAAGGGCCAUCCCAGUUGCCAGUCAUAAUUGGAACAAACGCCAGUUUCUUCCAGCGCCUUGCUACUCUCCGUCAUGACGUAAAAGCUUCCAGCACUGCACAAGCUUUGAGAAUUCAUACUAACCUCCCUGAAAUCCAUCUGAAUCAGCAGACAUGUAACAAUACUUUAAUCGACCAGCCUGAGGGGAAAGUACGGUGGAUGGGACCCGGGAAGUGUGUAGUUCCAUCUAGAGGAGAAGUAUUGGCCAUCUGUAAAAUGGAGACUGAGAAACCCUUGAGAAAAGAAAUCUUUGUGGUAGACUCACCUGAAGAGGAUAAUCUUCCGGCUGGUACAUUCAUAACUCCCUUUGUGCUUCCCUCUUCCACCGUUCAAGAUAACAGUAUACAAGUGUUAGUCCAUAAUGAGACCUCAAAGGACAUAUCAAUUCCAUCGGGUACAGUAAUGGCCAAUGUGUACCUUACUGACACACUUACUGUUGGUUCUGGGGAAAAGAGCUCUCAAGUAAUUGAUCCAAGCCUGUUUAAAUUUGAAGAGUCAUCCAUCCCUGAGUUAUGGGAAAUGCGACUCCGUCAGAAGUUGGCAGUCAGAAGUGAUGUCUUUUCUACCAAUGAGUGGGAUGUGGGGUUAGCCAAAGGAGUUGAACAUAACAUUAGACUAACAGACACCAAACCUUUCAGAGAGCGCUCCAGACGCAUUGCUCCUGCAGACAUCGAGGAUGUGCGACGCCAUAUCAAAGAACUUUUAGAGGCUGGAAUAAUUACAGAAUCAAGAAGCCAGUAUGCAUCGCCUAUUGUAAUUGCACGGAAAAAGAGUGGAGCAGUUAGGAUGUGCAUUGACUACAGGACUCUAAAUGCUCGCACCCUCCCUGAUCAGUACACUACUCCCAGGAUCGAUGAUGCUCUGGACUGUUUGGCUGGCAGUAAGUGGUUUUCUGUGCUGGAUCUUCGCAGUGGAUAUUAUCAAAUAGCCAUGGCUGAGGAGGACAAAGAGAAGACAGCAUUUAUCUGUCCUUUAGGAUUUUUCCAGUUUGAACGGAUGCCUCAAGGGAUUACUGGAGCUCCAGCCACAUUUCAACGGCUAAUGGAAAAAGCUGUUGGUGACAUGCAUCUUCUUCAAGUAAUAGUCUACCUGGAUGACAUCAUUGUGUUUGGGCGAACUCUUGAAGAACAUGAAGAGAGACUAUUAAAAGUUUUAGAUCGGCUCAGAGAGUGUGGCCUCAAAGUUUCAAUUGACAAAUGCCAGUUUUGUCAGUCCCAAGUACGUUAUGUGGGGCACAUUGUGUCAGCUGCUGGAGUAUCACCUGACCCAGCCAAAGUUGAGGCGGUAACCCGUUGGAAAAUGCCCACUGAUCUGAAGUCACUGAGAUCCUUUCUCGGUUUCUGUGGAUUUUACCGACGAUUCAUAAAAGACUACUCAGCCAUUGUAAGGCCAUUAACAGAGCUCACUAAAGGGUACCCACCAACAUCUGGCCAAAUCCGAAAGACCGCAGAUGGCAGGAAAUAUUACAAAACGACUGAGCCCUUUGGAGAGCGUUGGGAUGACAACUGUACAGCAGCAUUUCGUAAGAUCAUUUAUUGUCUCACACAUGCCCCAGUACUUGCUUUUGCCGAUCCGAACAAAUCCUAUGUUCUUCAUGUGGAUGCUAGCCUUAAUGGUCUGGGAGCUGUUUUGAAUCAGGAGCAUCCUGGUGGACUUAGGCCAGUAGCCUACGCAAGCAGAAAGCUUAGUGCAUCUGAGUAG